UUCAAACAACAUAAAAUUCGGAAAGUAAAAAACUAAUUUUUUUCCUAAAAUUAUUUUGUUAAUUCAUUGAACAUUUGAGUGAUUUACAAUAGCACAAACAAUGCAACUCCGUUUACCGGCCAAGCCAACCUGGAAACUCGUCGUUCUCGCGAUCCUCCUGAGCGGCGUCCCAAAAAGCUCGUGCUUGCGGAUCCUCGCCAUAUUCCCGCUACCCAGCAAAAGCCACUUCAUCCAAGCCGAGCCUCUGAUGCGCGGCCUCGCCACCCGAGGACACCAGGUCGACGUCUACAGUCACUUCCCCACCAAGAGGUCCCCGGCCAACUACACGGACUACAGCCUCGCGGGCAGCCUGCCCAGCCUCGUCAACAGUUUGACCUACGACUGGUGCGCCGGUGACUCCAUUGGCAUCUCAAUACCCGACCUCAUGUCCAUAACCGGACCCCCCGUUUGCAACCUCCUUCAGCUUCCGGUCUUCCAAAAACUCAUCAACGAUCCGCCCACGGAUCCUCCCUACGACCUCGUCAUCGUUGAGGUGUUCACCUUCAAUUGUUACUUUGCGUUCGGCCGUCACCUCGGCGUUCCGGUGAUUGGCGUCUCGACAAUGUCCCUCAUAGAGUGGCAGCACGGGCCGCUGGGCAACCCACCGGAGCUCGCGGCCCUGGGCAGCAUAUUGUCCCACAACCCGCUGCCCGCGACUUUCGCCGAGCGCCUCUAUAACGUUUACGCGAGCGCUUACUACUCGUGGGUCUUUGAUCGGCUCACGCGACGCGACCAGGAUGCCAUCAUGAGGAAGUUCUUUGGGCCCGACUGUCCCAGCGGCGUCGACCUCCAGAGGGACUUGGCUCUCGUGUUCGUCAACCAUCACCACGUGCUCAACGGACCCAGGCCCCUCGUGCCCGCUGUCGUGCCCAUCGCUGGGGCCCACAUCGCCAACAAUGCCGAUCAAUUGACGCCUGAGGUGCAACAGUUUUUGGACGACAGCGAGCACGGAUUCGUUUACGUGUCUUUCGGAUCGGUGAUCAAAAUUGAAUCUUUUCCGAAACGCUUGAUGGACGCGUUUUACGGUACUUUUAAGGAAAUUGCGCCGGUUCGCGUGAUCAUGAAGGUUUUCCGGCCCGAGGAAUUGGCCCCAGGACUGCCCCCUAACGUCAUCACCCAAAAGUGGUUGCCGCAAGUUCAAGUUUUGAAGCACAGAAACAUCAAAGCUUUCGUGACCCAUGGGGGUAUAAUGGGAGUUCAAGAAGCCGUCUAUCACGGGGUCCCCAUGGUAGGGUUUCCCAUGUACGGUGACCAAUAUUACAACAUCAAAUCAUGCGCCAAGCAAAAAAUGGCCAUACAACUUAGCCAUAAGGACGUGACGGAGACAGUUUUCACAAAAGCUAUCACUGCCAUUCUUCAAGACCCCAACUUCAAAAAAUCGGCAGAGAAAUUACGGGACAGUUUCAGAGAUGCGCCAAUGAGUCCGGUUAAUACAGCGAUAUAUUGGGUGGAGUACGUAGCGCGCCAUGGAAAGGAUACUCUCCGCUCUCCGAUCGUCCACAUGCCCUGGUGGCAAGCCUCUUUGCUGGACGUUUACGCCUUUAUUGCACUGAUGUUGCUUGUUGUAUUGUACGUGGCAAAAGUUUCUCUUCAAUUGUUUGUUAAAAUAAUUUUAUUCAAAAAGUUUAAACAAAGCUCUGGUAGAAAAGAAAAAUUGAAUUAAGAUAUUAUCACUGUGACGACAAAGUGUCAACAGUAGUUGCAUUUAUCCACAGACGUUAUUCAACAAAUACAUUUCGUUGCAUUCAGAUUUUAUGCGUUUUUGCAACUCAUUGUCUAGAAACAUUGUGUUGUCCGAGCAAUAGUUUUUACUGUUUGGAACAGUAAUUUUUGGAAAAAUAUAAAUCACUAUGCAGAAUGGUAAAAAUCACAGGUUGCCAAAAAUAAAA